AGCGUAAAUUCGAACGGAUAGUUGACAAAUUCUGCUAAUUAUUUGUUGAUUUUUAUCAGAUUUUACUUUAACAUUGACAAUAAAUUAAACAGCAGAAAUAUACUAAACAACUGCGGAACUCAAUGGAGGACGAUAGAAAGCCCUUGGCAACAUCUAAUCGGAUUGGUGGACUCUCUAAAUUACCAAUGCCUGGAAGUCGAUUAAAACCACCAUCUUCAACAACUAAAAGAGCCAGAAGUCCAGAAAUAGAAGAGGCUGUAGAAAUCAAUUCUGGUAAAAAAAGAUGUCUAGAAAAACCAGCACCAGCAUUGACACUUCCAAAGACGAAUACAACCAAGUCUUUAGCUAAGACAUCGGCCAAAUCAUCAGCAAAUUUGAGAUCAACGUCAAAUACCACACGACGACCAUUAGCUUCAACUAAACCAAAUAAUAAAAGUGUUUCAACUUUAAAUCGUUCGACGAGACCAUUGACCAACACACGACCACCAGCAGUUGGUAGUGUAGUCAAGAAACCUGUCUCAUCUGGGAUCAGUAAAAGCAAGCCACAAUCAGCAGCAGCACCAGCACCAGCUAGACUUAGUGGCGGAUCAAAAAGACCAGGAUGGGAUUUAAAAGGUCGACUACAGGAUAUGGAAGCGUUGGUUCUAUCACGAGAAAAUAUGAGCGCAGAACUACAGAGCCAGUUAGAAAGUUACAACAAACGUAUUUUCUCUCUCGAAUCACAUAACCAACAAUUGACGGGAACUGUACGGGAAAAGGAACUGCAGACUCAAGAUAACACUGCAGAAAUUUCAAACCUUCGUCGCCAAAUAAGAGAAGCCGAGGACAGUCUAGACAGCACAAAACGUCGAUUCCAACGAGAAAUAGAGGAUUUAACUUUCUCUAAAUCUACGCUAGAACGACAGAAAGAGACUCUAUCAGGUGAAUUGUCUGCUAACCAGGCUGAGAUAACAGGUUUAAAAUCAUCCAUCGCUGAAUUAACGUCCACUCAAGCUAAAUCAGCAGCAGAAUUAGAGGGCAUGAGGAUAAAUUUGACGGAUGCUAAUAGUACGAUAAAGAUACGAGAUGAAACAAUCGUAGAGUUGAAGGAUCUAGUUCGACAACACGAGGAGAAGAUCAAAGAACAGGAAUUAAAACUGAUUGAACAGGAGACGACCAGACGACAGUUACACAACACCAUACAAGAACUGAAGGGUAAUAUCCGUGUAUUCUGUCGAGUUCGUCCAUUGUUAGGUAAAGAAACUAUCGGUAAUGAUGGGAUCAUCACCCACAUGAACUUCCCUGACACGGACGGUAAAAUCCUGGAAAUGGAUAAAAUAGGGGAUGCAAAUCUCAAUGAAAGUACUUUAAAUUCUACAAGAGGGGCGAGUAAAUAUGAAUUUAACUUCGAUAAAGUUUUUGAUCCAACAUCAACUCAGGCCAGUGUUUUUGAAGAAAUUUCUCAACUUGUUCAGAGUGCUCUGGAUGGUUAUAUUGUGUUCAAUUGA